UAUUUUCAAUUUCGUAUAUUUACCGUCUCAUUCUAGUUGAUCUUAUCACUAUUAUAAAACAUUUUGGAUUGAUAAAAUCUUAAGUUUUAAUAUAUAAGUUGUUAUAAGAACAUAGUUGUUACUUGCACCCUUUGACCUACGGACUUCUUUUUUUUUUUAAUUUUUAUUGUGCUAUAAGUGAAAGUUUACAAAGAAGUCAGUCUCUCAGGCAAAAGCCUACGUGCAUGUUGCUACAUACUCCCAAUUGCUCUCCCUCUAAUGAUACAGCCCGCUCCCUCCCUCUACUCUCUCUUUUCAUGUCCAUUUCGCCACUUUCUAACUCUCUCUACCCUCUCAUCUCCCUUCCAGGGAGGAGAUGCCAACAUAGUCUCAAGUGUCCACCUGAUCCAAGAAGCUCACUCCCCACCAGCAUCCCUCUCCAACCCAUUGUCCAGUCCAAUCCCUGUCUGAAGAGUUGGCUUUGGGAAUGUUUCCUGUCCUGGGCCAACAAAAAGUCUGGGGUCCAUGACCACUGAGGUCCUUCUAGUCUCAGUCAGACCAUUAAGUCUGGUCUUUUUACGAGAAUUUGGGGUCUGCAUCCCACUGUUCUCCUGCUCCCUCAGAGGUCCUCUUUUGUGUUCCCUGUCAGGGCAGUUAUGUGAUGUAGCCGGGCAUCAUCUGGCUCUUCUGGUCUCAGGCUGAUGUAGUCUCUGGUUUAUGUGGCUCUUUCUGUCUCUUGGGCUCGUAUUACCUUGUGUCCUUAGUGUUCUUCAUUCUCCUUUGAUCCAGGUGGGUUGAGACCAAGUGAUGCAUCUUAGAUGGAUGCCUGCUAGCAUUUAUGACCCCAGAUGCCUCUCUCCAAGGUGGGAUGCAGAAUGUUUUGUUAAUAGAUUUUAUUAUGCCAAUUGACUUAGAUGUCCCCUGAAACCAUGGUCCCCAAACCCCCACCCCCCUGCUACGCUGGCCUUUGAAGCAUUCAGUUUAUUCCGGAAACUUUGCUUUUGGUUUAGUCCAGGCCUGCUGACCUCUCCUGUAUUGUGUGUUGUCUUUCUCUUCACCUGAACUAGUUCUUAUCUACUAUCUAAUUAGUGGAUACCCCUUUCCCGCCUUCCCUCCCUCCCACUUCUUGUAACCAUCAAAAAAUAUUUUCUUCUCUGUUUAAACUGUUUCUUGAGUUCUUAUAAUAGUGGUCUUAUACACUAUUUGUCCUUUUACAAUUGACUAAUUUCACUCAGCGUAAUGCCUUCCAGAUUUCUCCAUGUUAUGAAGUGUUUCACAGGUUCAUCACUGUUCUUUAUCGAUGCAUAGUAUUCCAUUGUGUGAGUAUACCAUAAUUUAUUUAUCCAUUCACCUGUUGAUGGGCACCUUGGUUGCUUCCAUCUUUUUGCUAUUGUAAACAGUGCUGCAGUGAACAUGGGUGUGCAUAUAUCUGUUUGUGUAAAGGCUCUUAUUUCUCUAGGAUAUAUUCCAAGGAGUGGGAUUGCUGGAUCUAAUGAUAGUUCUAUUUCUAGCUUUUUAAGGAAGCACCAAAUCGAUUUCCAAAGUGGUUGUACCAUUUUACUUUCGCACCAGCCGUGUAUAAGUGUUUAUGGACUUUUUUAAACAACCCGUUUUUAUUAUGAAUAUUGGUAGUAGAUAUUCUAUUGUAUUAUAUUGUCAGGUUUUUAUAACACUUAGGCUUACUUGGCUACUCAUGUUACACAAGGUGUAAAAAGUUUUUCUUCCAGGCUGAAGUGAAAAAUAGAUCGAGAGUGGAAAACUUAAAGUGUUACACUUACGUAUUUCCUCAUACCAAUAUUUCCUUGUACCAAAGUUAUAAAGAAGUUUUUGAAGGGCUGUCAUGUAAGAUUUAAUUUUAAUCUUAGAAAUUAUUAGAGAGAUACUCAGGUUUGUCAUGCAUAAACACAUUUAGUUUAUUGCCAGGUACUCAUGGCAAGGCAUACAAGUAAGAUCUCGUGAUAUUAACGUGGACCGGAGCAUCAGAAUUAGUCAUUAUAGUCACAGUGUUAGUUCAGUGAUUAGAGUACAGUUCUUUAGACUAUGGGUGUUUACCUUUUAUGAGUGGUCUCAGGAGGAAGGCUUGAUCAUAGCUCAAACUUGGCAGAGGUCUCUCAUAGAUAGGGUCCGAGAUUGACAGCAGCAGGCAGAGUAUCAGGCUAUGCCUCUGACAGGGUCUCCUUUAAGGAGAGUGUCAGAGUUGAGAGGGUGAUAUCUGACUCUGCUUUCUCUCAGUGAGUGAGCAGAAAUUCAGGGUUUAUAUAUGGAUUGUUUACCUUGGCUUCAUAUAACACAGGCUAGUGUGUGACGUCAAAGACUAGUAUAUCUUUUCUCUAGGGUUAGAGAUUAGCCAAAUGUUGCAUCUUCAAGGUUAGAGAUUAGGGAAUUUGUUUAGAUCAGGGCUUCAAACUGUUUCAUUCUGGUUUGAACCCCUGCUGAGAAUUUGCAUGUCUGACAAGUUCCCAGGCAAUGCUAAUGCUGUAUAAAGACCAAUUCUGAGAACCAUUAGUAGAGCAGUGCCUCUCCAAAUGUGUUAUACUUAAGAAUCACCUGGGGAUUUUGUUAAAAUGUAGAUUCUUAUUCAGUAAACCUGGGGUGAACAUGCAAAUUCUCAGCAGGAGUUCAAACUGGAAUGUACCGAUUCAAAGCUCUGGUUUAGAUUUCUGUUUCAAGACUCGUUUACAAAGAUUAGCUACGUUAUGUCACAAAAAAAAAAAAAAAAAACAGCGUGCUGUUAUGUCACAGCAUGCUGACGCAGGGUUGGCUUAACAGUUAUUUACCACAGUUUUCACACCUACUUUUGUAAGUUCAGAAAUUGUUUACUUCUAAGUCACAUUAUACGUAACUUAUGCAUCUGUGGUUUGAGAAUAUUAUAGAAGCAACAUAACAAUGCCUUAAACAUAUUACAGAGUCAUAUAUGAUUUAAGAAGUUACAGAAUCAUACGUGAUUUGAGAACAUUACAAAAAGCAUACGUAACAAGGAGAUAUAAAUUUAAAAGUGAGACCUUAAGAAAGCCUUUCAUAGCUGAAAGUGAAGUCUACAGAAAAGGUUAAGACGUAUUCAGUAUUACGUAGAGGAGCCCUGGUAGUGACGUGGUUUAAGUGCUCAGGUGCUAACUGAAAGGUGCACGAUUUGAACCAUCAGCCACUCCACAGGAGAAAGAUGUGGCAGUCUGCUUCCAUGAAGAUUUACAGCCUUGGAAACACGAUGGGGCAGUUCUGCUCUGUCCUCUGCCAGCUGAAGAUGAAGUCUUACUACAGAAAUUAAGAGAGGAAUCCAGAGCUGUCUUUCUGCAAAGGAAGAGCAGAGAACUGUUAGAUAACGAAGAAUUACAGAACUUAUGGUUCUUGCUGGACAAACACCAGACGCCACCUAUGAUUGGAGAGGAAGCAAUGAUCAAUUAUGAAAAUUUUUUGAAAGUUGGUGAAAAAGCUGGACCAAAGUGCAAGCAGUUCUUCACAGCAAAAGUCUUUGCUAAACUCCUUCAUACAGAUUCCUAUGGAAGAAUUUCUAUCAUGCAGUUCUUUAAUUAUGUCAUGAGAAAAGUUUGGCUUCACCAAACAAGAAUAGGACUCAGCUUAUAUGAUGUCGCUGGACAAGGGUACCUUCGGGAAUCUGAUUUAGAAAAUUACAUAUUGGAACUUAUCCCUACUUUGCCACAGUUAGAUGGGCUGGAAAAAUCCUUUUACUCCUUUUAUGUCUGUACUGCAGUUAGGAAGUUCUUCUUCUUUUUGGACCCUCUAAGAACAGGGAAGAUAAAAAUUCAAGAUAUUUUAGCAUGCAGCUUCCUAGAUGAUUUAUUGGAGCUAAGGGAUGAGGAACUGUCCAAGGAAAGUCAAGAAACAAAUUGGUUUUCUGCUCCCUCUGCCCUGAGGGUUUAUGGCCAAUAUUUGAAUCUCGAUAAGGAUCACAAUGGCAUGCUCAGUAAAGAAGAACUCUCCCGCUAUGGAACAGCAACUAUGACAAAUGUGUUCUUAGACCGUGUUUUCCAGGAGUGUCUCACUUACGAUGGAGAAAUGGACUAUAAGACCUACCUAGACUUCGUUCUUGCAUUAGAAAACCGAAAAGAACCUGCAGCUCUGCAGUAUAUUUUCAAACUGCUUGAUAUUGAGAACAAAGGAUAUCUGAAUGUCUUUUCCCUUAAUUAUUUCUUUAGGGCCAUACAGGAACUAAUGAAAAUCCACGGACAAGAUCCUGUUUCAUUUCAAGAUGUCAAGGAUGAAAUCUUUGACAUGGUAAAACCAAAGGAUCCUCUGAAAAUCUCUCUUCAGGAUUUAAUCAACAGUAAUCAGGGAGACACAGUCACCACCAUUCUAAUCGAUCUAAAUGGCUUCUGGACAUAUGAGAACAGAGAAGCCCUUGUCGCAAAUGACAGUGAAAACUCUGCAGACCUUGAUGAUACCUGAUCUCUGAAAGCUUGAAAUGCUGCAUACAAAACCUUCAAAGCAGAAUUCUUAAAAGUGGUCAAAAUAAAACAUCUGCCUGUAGAACACAGCAAA